GGAAAACUAUCAGAAGGAUGCGGGUGAUGGUAGCAGCCCUCUUGCUGAUCUAUAGGACGAAAACCAUCGAGGUAAGCAACUUCGUCACAGUAGGGGCCAAGACGACUAGCAUCAACCAUACCUCUGAAGCAUGCACGACAGAGGGCAUGCCGGUUGCAGGCCAUGACGAUUGUGGGGCGUUCACCAUCACAGGAAGAGGGUUAAGGGAUGGAGACAAAACCAGGGGAUGUAGGAGUGGUGAAGACAGGGGUGGUAGAGUAGUCGGAAGGUGGGUAAAAAACGAAGAUAAAACUAGGGGAAAUAAAGGCGGUGAAGACGGGGGUGAUGAAGUCAGGGGUGGUGAAGUGGCUGACGCAGAGACAUGGGGGGCAGUCGUAGAUGAGACCCGAAGAGGUGACUCUGUAGGUGGUAAUGCAGGCAUGGCCACGGAUGCCAUUGAGGAACACAUCGAGACCAAUGGCGACACAACAACUGCAGGUCGAGCUCCCGCGGAAUCGAUCGUAAAAGCAACCAACGCCGAUGAGGAGGAGGCUGCGAACCGAAAAGGGGCAUUCAGGGUCAUAAAUGACAUGGAAGGGGUUACUAAGACUGAUGAGGACGCAGGUGCGACAGACGCAGGUAAUGAAGAAGAGGUUGUGAUAGGUGUGACAGGCGUCGGUAAUGAAGAAGGGGUUGUGUAAGCGUAAUCCGAGGACAAUGUGUGGAUACCCGAAAAAGCGGGUAGUGAAUAGACCAUCGAAGCAUGCUGCG